UUUUAUUUACGUGACCUGGUCCUGUCAAUAAGAUGGUGCAGAACGUGUUCCGGACGGGUUUUCUGGUCCGGGCCGCUCACACUUUGUUAACCUGGGUCGUAACUGUCGUUCUGUUCCUGCACAGCUGUACGCAGCGACCCCAAUGUAACGUCAGAGGGCUCAGCCAAUCAGCGUUCGGUGUGUGGAUACAGCAGGAGCGAUGAUCGGCACCAAGCCAGUGAUGCCAUGAACUCGAAUGACUUCUUCACAUUCUUAGGUUGAGGUGUGUGCACAUUGGUGGUGUGGUGUUUGAGUGUGCCUUCAGCGCAUGGUCAGCGAUGCCUGUUACAUCUCAGUUGCUCAGGGCUUUGCCUCGUGCCAAGGUCUUUGCAUCCUGUCUGUUACCAUGUCAACACCACCAUUCCCAGUUUGGUCUCAUCACUCCAACGCGAGACAGGCAGAGACAGAGGUCAGGAAGAAGCUACCAGACAUCCUCAAGGCUCCACAGCUACAUCCUCACCCCACCGCAGGUCAACUCUAUUCUGAAGGCCAACGAGUACAGCUUUAAGGUACCAGAGUUCGAUGGGAAAAAUGUAUCAUCAGUGAUGGGCUUCGACAGCAAUCAGCUUCCGGCCAAUGCUCCGAUAGAAGAUCGUCGGAGCGCCGCCACAUGCCUGCAGACACGAGGGAUGCUGCUGGGUGUGUUUGAUGGACACGCGGGCUGUGCCUGCGCUCAGGCGCUGAGUGAGAGGUUGUUUUACUACAUAGCGGUUUCGCUGCUUCCCCACGACACCCUGUGUGAGCUGGAGGCUGCAGUGGAAAGCGGCAGAGCCCUCAGUCCCAUCCUGCAGUGGCACAAACACCCCAAUGACUACUUCAGCCGGGAGGCUCAGAGACUCUACUUCAACAGCCUGCGAACAUACUGGCAGGAGUUAAUAGACCUAACCAGCCCGGGAGAGGUUCCAGACACAAGAGAGGCCUUAAUGAACGCCUUCAAAAGGCUGGACAAUGACAUUUCCCUGGAAGCUCAGGUUGGAGACCCGAGCGCCUUUCUGCAUUACUGGGUUUUGAGGGUGGCCUUUUCUGGAGCAACAGCCUGCGUGGCUCACAUCGACGGACCAGACCUCUUUAUAGCCAAUGCAGGAGACGCUCGGGCCGUGUUGGGGGUGCAGGAGGAGGACGGUUCGUUCAGCGCUCUCACCUUAUCUAACGACCACAGCGCCCAGAAUGAGGACGAGGUUGCUCGGAUACGAAGCGAGCACCCUGCAUCUGAGAGGAAGACCGUCAUACGUCAGGACAGAUUGCUCGGCCUGCUCAUGCCGUUCCGUGCGUUUGGGGACGUGAAGUUCAAGUGGAGCAUUGAGCUGCAGAAGCGAGUGUUGGAGUCCGGACCCGAUCAGCUCCACGAAAACGAGCACACCAAGUUCAUCCCUCCCAACUACCACACGCCCCCCUAUCUGACCGCCGAGCCCGAGAUCACGCACCACAAACUGCGGCCGCAGGAUCGUUUCCUGGUAAUUGGCUCCGAUGGCCUCUGGGAGACCCUCCACCGACAGGAAGUGAUCCGCAUAGUCGGAGAACAUUUAACAGGAGUUCAUCAGCGCCAGCCGCUUAAAGUCGGAGGCUACAAAGUCACUUUGGGACAGAUGCAGGGGCUGCUCGAGGAGCGGAAGACCCGUAUGUCCUCGGCGUUCGAGGACCAGAACGCAGCGACCCACCUGAUGAGGCACGCUGUGGGGAACAGUGAGUUCGGCACGGUGGACCACGAGAGGCUGUCCAAAAUGCUCUCGCUGCCCGAGGAGCUAGCCCGUAUGUACCGCGAUGACAUCACCAUCAUCGUCACCCAGUUCAAUCCUCACGUGAUCGGAGCACAGAGGCAGGAAGGAGAGUUGUGAGCUGAUGUCAUCAAUACCAACAGGGUAUAUGAAACAUCUGUCCAGCUGUUAUAACACUAUUUAUGUAAAACACACACACACACACACACACACACACACACACACACACACACACACACACACACACACACACACA